AUACAUUUGUGCGUGAGUGUAUCCAUGUGUCCGAUAUAGAUGGCACCUUGAACAAACAGUUUAGAACCGCAAUGUGUUCUGGCAACGAAAGUGCGUAAGGGAGAGUGAUGGCCACGCCCACUGCCUCGUUGGCGGCUCCUGGAGCUGCACCGCUUCCCCACGAGCUGACGGCCGAGUGGACAGUGCGUGCCCAUCUCACGUUUGCCCGUGCCGGAGAGGCGGUGCACAAGGAGUGCGGUACAGGGCCAGUGCAGCCAGUGCAUCCCGUGCGUGUGGUCUACAAGUGGUGCACGCCCUCCGAUGAACCCGAAACAGAGCAGGAUGUCGACAAGACAGCCAACACGAUGGGGACCAGCUUCCGGUCCACCAACUCCUCGGCCACCACCACCAAUGCGGACUCGGCCUUCGGCAGUCCCCAGGCGUCGCGUGCCCUCCCCGCGGGGACAUCCGCUCCAGGCGGUGGUGGCGGUGGCGCCACAGCUCAAGUGUGCGGAACGCGCUGUCGGAGCACCUGCAACAUCAUGGUUUCCGCUGUGGCGGACUUCCUGCCGCAGGAAGCGGCCGCAGGACCGAACGAGCCCUUCGUCUACCACAACAAGGUGCGGGCCCAGCAGCUGCGCGAUGCCUUCUCGCAGACCAGCGACCACGAGGAGCCGCAAUUGGUGGAGCCGCAACAGCGUCGACGUACCGCCUACGAGCAGCGUCGGGCCACCACCGAGGCCCUCAUGAACUUUGCCACCAGGCGGCAGGCAGAGGAGGCGAACACCUAUGUGCCAACCUACUCGCCCACGCCCACGCCCACCACGCCCUCGUCCACAUUCAAGUCGGCCUCGAUGCCUAGGAUACCGCCUCUUGGGGGACAUCAUGGGGGAGGAGGAACCUCUCCGCGGAUGCCCCCCAACCUGGCGGAGAAGAAGCCCCGCACCGUCCACAUCGAUGUGUACUGCACGGGCUCCGAGGGGGAUGAGGAGGCGGACGACGAGCAGCAGGCAGAUGUGGAGGUGUCCUCCAGCUCCAGCUCGGACUCGGAUCUGGCCGGGAGCAAGCGCUACGACCUGGACUCCAAUUCCACUCCCCAAACGGUGCUGGACAACGAGCAGAUGCUGCUGCGCCAUCAGCGGAUCUCUGGCGGAGCAUUGCCGCGUCGCUUGGGCCAUCAGAAGGAGCCGAAGGACAACCACCAGAUGAGCCUGGGCCACGCCAUCACCAAAUGCAGCACCGCCGAGGAGGUGACCGAAUCGAAGCAGCUGCUCUUCCGCAAACACAUCGGCGACCAGCGGGCAGCCAAGCUGGCGAAUCUGCGCCAGAAGUACAUGCGGCAGCCCAGCGACGACACCAUCAGCAGCACCUACCCGAACUCCUCGCACUCGACCAUGCCCCGUGAUGCCACCUGCAGCAGCAUCUCCAGCGUGGCAGCGGGCACCGACUGCGUGGACUCCUCGUGGAAGGAAACGGACGAGCCGGAAAACCCGUUGGCAGACUUUGGGCUGACCAAAUCGGAUAGCUUCGACUACGAGAACUCGCUGGAUCGCCUACGCAUCAGCCAGAUGGAGAUGCUCUGGUCGCGCCAGCACUCCUUCGACCAGCCCCAGACUACAGCCCCCACCUUGCCACUGCCGCAUCCACACCAGCAUCAGCACCAGCAUCAACACCAACACCAGCAGCAUUUGCAGACCAUCAAAGAAGUGCAAUCGCAGCGCAACUCCUUCCAGCGGAGCGACACGAUCCCCUCCGAAUCGGAUGGCUUCUCCGACACGAAUGUGUUCAACACCUACCCGGGCCGUCAGAUAUCGCAAAUGCAGCAGCGCAAUCGCCCCGGUUUCCUGCAGUUCUUUGGGCCCUCAAUCCAUCCCAAUCCUGGCCAGCCAACGCCGCCAGUCACGGCUCCAGUACAGCCCGCCUCUGCAGCCAGUGCGGAUCCGUUUCGACUGCUCCAUCCGAGCUACCGCUGGAAGAGCGAGGCCCGCGAUAAUCUCAGCGUGCAGGGGGCCUCUGGAUCGCCCUCCUCGGAGCGCAGUUCCCCGCAGCUCCUUUCGGCGGCCACCACUGUGCUGCGCUGUGGCAGCGAGGCCCCGCCCAGCACCACUUCGGCCAGCACAUUCGGCACAACGGUCGUGACGCCCUCCCCCCUACCAGGGCGACGCUUUGAGAUUUCCCGCGACAGCCCGAGCGUGGCCAGCGAGGCCUCCACCGCCACCGUGUCGGGCUACACCCACGAGCACCUGGAGAAGACACGGCGCUUCGGCAAUGUGGUGGCCAUGCGCAAGCCCGGCCACCAUGUGGGACCCACCAAGAACCCCAACUGCCAGUGCGAGAGCUGCCAGCGAUGGCUGGCCGAACGGUUCCAGUUGCGCGGCAGAGCCUUCUCUCUGGGCGAGCGACCAGUGCUAAGGAGGCCACAGUAACAGUGGGGUAGUAGAGUAGCAGAGUAGAGGCCUCUGGAAAGAGGAUUGCACAUAUGUGUGCUUUAGUUGUGCUUUAGCACGACAUUUAAGCGAAAGAGGCAUGAAUGGAAUAAGUGAGAAUGAGGGAGGGGUUUGAGUCAGACACUCGCUCGCAUUCAAAAAUGUCCACUUGUCUAAUUGUGUGCCUUUCGCACUCAAUCCACUCUUUUGCUCUAUCGCAAAAGUACUUCAAAUCGAGCCUCUUAAAUUAUAUCAUAAGAGGCUCUCUAAGGAUCUUUCACUGCCACAAGCUGAGCUCGGUUUUCGGAUCGAUUUCGAUAGUUUCAUAUUCGCAUGACUUCCGCAUGCCAUAUUUCUUUCAUUAUAUUGGUCCACUGGGUCGGGUCAGUGCAGUUUAUUGCACUUUUGUACUUUGAGGCCACGCAGAUUUCUAAUUUAAAGCUUUCCUUCUCUUGCAUUUAACACUCUUCACCGCUCCCGCUCCCUAUUAACCCGCAAAGAUCCUGGACACACUGGAUUGAAUUUCUUUCGAUUAGGUUUAACCCAAACGCGAAUGUUCCUCACACAAGAAUACACACAGAUUGUGCGCUGAAUCAGUUUAAUGUUUAAUGUUGU